CUUCCAAUCUAGUCACCAGUAUGUUUUCCGGAUGUGAAAAAUCUCUGUACAUCAUGAAAAAUUGAGUGUUUUGUUGACAAUUUCACAGUGAACGGCAACUAAAGCAAUGGAUCGAAGUACCAAAACGAAAACCAGUCCUUCGACUGCCAAAAACGAGUGCGUACAGGUGGUCGUACGAUGUCGGCCGCUUAACAACAAGGAAUUGACUGGCAACUUUCAAAAGGUGGUCGAUGUGUUUCCGAGCAGAGGUGUGAUUGAAAUACUAAACUGCAAUGAAGCGUCGCGGGAGAACAAAAAAAUGUUCACGUAUGAUGCCGUGUAUGAUUACAACUCAACGCAGCAAACGAUCUACGAUGAGGUGGUACGUCCGUUGGUCGCCUCAGUUAUGGAGGGCUUUAACGGAUGUGUUUUUGCGUACGGCCAAACGGGAACGGGUAAAACGCACACCAUGGAAGGUAUAAAAAAUGAUCCCGACCAGAAAGGCAUCAUCCCGCGGGCGUUCGAGCAGGUUUGGGCUCACAUUAAUCGUGCUCAGAACAUGAACUUCCUGGUGGCAGUUUCGUAUUUGGAAAUUUACAUGGAGGAACUGCGCGAUUUGCUGAAACCGAACUCAACCACCUCGCUGGAGUUGCGCGAACGGGAUGGCGGCAUAGUGGUGCCAAACCUACACUCAGUCCUCUGCAAGAGCGUGGAAGACAUGAUGAACGUGAUGUACCAAGGAAACAAGAACCGUACGGUCGGGUUCACUAACAUGAACGAGCACAGUUCCCGAUCGCAUGCCAUUUUUCUGAUCAAAAUCGAAAUGUGCGAAGCAGGAUCGACUCUGGUGAAGGUUGGAAAGUUGAACCUGAUCGAUCUGGCUGGUAGCGAACGACAGUCGAAAACUGGUGCUACGGCGGAUCGCCUAAAAGAGGCUAGUAAAAUAAACCGUGCCCUGUCGUCUCUGGGAAAUGUUAUUUCGGCUUUGGCGGAAAAAUCACCCCAUGUACCGUACCGCGAUUCGAAGCUGACGCGUUUGCUGCAGGAUUCGUUGGGCGGCAAUUCGAAAACGAUCAUGAUCGCCAACAUCGGACCGUCGGAGUUUAACUACAAUGAAACGCUCACAACGCUUCGUUACGCCCAUCGCGCCAAAACGAUCGAAAACAAACCCGUCAAGAAUGAAGAUCCGCAGGAUACGAAGUUGCGCGAGUAUCAGAAGGAAAUUGCCGAACUUCGCAAACUCAUCAGCGAGCGCCAGAAGCGAGAAAAGACGGUGCAUCGCGAGAAGAAGACGAAAAAGAAGGCGAUACGCGUAAAGCGUGAACCGAGUUUGACUCUGUCGGACGAAAAAUCCGACUCCGAAGUCGAAGAAGAGGACGACUGCGAAAAGGAAAACGAACAGGACACAAACGAGCUGGACGCGAAGGCAAAGGAGGAGCUGAUGAAGGAGCGCGAAGCAACGGUGGCGCUGGCGUCGAAGCUGCAGGAACUGGAGGGUCAGCUAGUCAAGGGUGGUAAGAACAUUCUCGAUACUUAUACGGAACGACAGUUCGAGCUGGAGAAGAAGCUGUCGGAAAUUGCCGAACGAAAGAAGCGAGAGAUCGAAAUGCAGCAACAGUUGGAGCUGCAGGAGGAGUCGACUAUGGAAAUUCGCGAAACGUUUACCUCACUCCAGCAGGAGGUUGAGCUGAAGACUCGCAAGCUGAAGAAGUGCUAUGCCAAGUGUAUGGCCCUGAAGCAGGAGCUACAGGAUACGCGGGACGAGCACAAUCGCGACCGACGCGAGCUAGAAAUGACGCAGAAUGAGCUGAUCAAGGAGCUGAAGCGGCUCCUGUUGAUAAUUGACAAUUUCGUCCCGGCGGAGGUAAAAUCGCGACUUUACACGCAGGCCAAAUACGAUGAUGAGGCCGAAGAAUGGUUCCUUAAUGGGAGCAUGAUGCUUAACAAUCAUCACGCUCUAGUGCGCCCAGUGGCCGACCCGAGCCGCAGGCGGCCAAUGAGUGAGUAUGCGCUGCAUAUGAUUAAGACAAACUCGCUCGAAGCUAUCCGAUACAAGGGUGAAAAUAUUAUCAACUAUGAGUUGGAUAUGCCACUGAGGACUACGUACGAAUACUCAAACCCGAAAGUUUCGGCCUCGUUGCAGGCAGUCUUAGCCGAAGCAAUGCAAACGGAAGAUGAUAUCGAUAUCACCGAUCAAUCGAAUUACGCUAGCAUAAUGAAGAUGCGCUUGGAUCAAAUUACCAAGCGCAACGUGCAAGAGCAGGCUGCCAAUGCUGCCAAUGGUCCCGCUGGGGUUAACGGUGGAGCUGGUGUAAGUGGCGGGAUUGCAUCCGGAUCGAGCUUGGCUGGCGGUGGUAGCAGUGGCUCAUCCGGGAUAGCAACCGGCGCAAGCAGCAUUAUAGGCAGCGGCAGCAGCACUAGCCGGGCUAGAUCUUCGAUUUACAACCGUGGCAAAUCUGCGGCACCGGCUUUCGGAGCACAUUCGGCUGCACCGAUCAAGAAGACAUCUGCCUCGGCGAUGAUGACCAGCAGCCAUGGAAGCGGGAACACGUUCCCGAAAGCGCGCGGUCUCAUACCGAAGUAGAGUCUGCGCCACGGUGAAACUGAAGUACUCAUCUAGCAUCAUCCUCAUUAUCAUUGGCCCCGUAAUGGGUGUAUCAUAAAUCGAGCGGCUCGGACCAUUCACUCUCACAUCGCAAGGAUAGAGCCGGUAAACACGCUUAAUUUUGCAACCUGAAAAACGUUGGUUUUUCGAAAAAAGUUCUUUACCCUUAGAUUCGAACCAAAUGAAUCCGAUGCGUGGCAAGCGUUUGUUUUUUGUUUGCUUAAUUUAUUUCACCAACCCGACUGAUGGUAGAAUGCAGGAAAAGUUUCACUUACGCGCGCGCUAGCUUAAAAAUUCACAGCUUUUGCGGGAACUGGAAAAGAAGUUUAUGUGUAGCAAGUACUAGUGACUAACGAAUUUCAUCCGCAGUGAUGAAUGGAAGGAAAUGAACAGUUUAUCCAAAGUAAAUCGGAGUAAGUUUAUUGUGCAGAAUGGAUGAUUCGAUACAGAUAUAGUCAGAUAAUUAAUGGGAAGUAAUUAUAAAAAUACUCGUAAUUUCCAUAUUCGACAGUUUAACCAAAUUCGGUAUGCAAAGUAUCCGUGUUGUGUUUUUCGGUACUCGGUAUGCAACACACAUUUCGUGUCGAUGAUUCUUUCUCUCGAAGGAAAUGUGAAUUCCCAUGAGUAUUUAUUUUGUUACUUACGAAAUUAUUAUUCACGUAUGAAAUAUGUCUUUUAUAUUCCUCUCUACCUUCUAUGUUUCGCUUCGGUUCUUUGGAAAGCAUUAUGCUGUAUCUUGUAUAGUUUAGGUAACGUAAAGGGCGUUUAUUUUCUAGAUUAACCAAACAUUUAGUCAAGCAUUGAGUCUUUACGUUGUUAACUUUUUGUUUCCUUAAUACUAGGGCUAAAGGCAUUUGACACGAAUUUGUUGUAUUUUGUGAUAACUGUUUUGUUUUGUAAAUAUGUUCGACUGCAAUGAGAAAGGAAAAGAAUAUGGAACAGUA